CGAAAUCAAUCACGUGCGACAUUUAUCUAGCCUCACAACAAAUUGACAUAUCAUUGUUAAAGUCGUGUUAGACAGAACAUUUCUACAUGAUAGUUCAUGGAUGCCAUUAACUAAAAUAUAAUAUUGAAGUGUUUUAAGAUUUGGAUUGAUAAAUAGACAUGUAAUUGGUAUUAAUGCCAGAGCAGAAUGUAAUGUUCUCACAAUGUAUACACUUCAAACAACAAUUUUGUUUUUAUUAGGAUUUUGUCUGAAUGCUUGCAGAGUCACAGCAUGUCUGGCUUGUCAUGUAGACGGGAAACCGGUGUGUUAUGACCGAGACCAACAGAUGUGUUGUAAAGGCCGCCUUCACCCGAGAGUAGAGAAUGGACUCGAGAAGAGGUGCUGUAACGGAACCGUGUAUGCAAGUCAUUUCCAACAAUGUUGUGAUGGCAUCGUUUAUAUGCAAAGCAAUACAUCUUUGCAAUGCGUGAAUGGAACGACUGAGCAAACUGAACGGCAGCUGAUGAACCAGAACAUGAUUCUGAUCAUGAUCAUUCUGGGACUUGUUAUGGGGCCUUCAUUCGUGAUAUUCUUCGUCAGUCUCUUCUGCUUCCAGCAGCGACAACGAAGGGCAAACAGACAAUAUGAGACUGAGGCGGGCUAUUCAGACGGCUGUGACAAUGAACAUCUCUACGCCCCGCCCCCCACGUAUAAUGAAGUAAUCCAGACAAACUUAUACCCACCCACCCCAGAACAGCUCAGGGUGAGGCAGAUAUCAGAGGAGCCCUGCAGCCCAAUGACUCCUCCUCCCACGCACAACUCUGCCCUCCUCAUUCUCGCAAGAAGUGCAGAGUCCUUGCUCCAACAUAAACCAGACAAUAAACGAUUAUCUGUUCUAAGUCGCCGCAGUCUUUCAUUGGAUGUAAUUGAACUUGAGCAAACUUCUCCGCCAAAACAGGAAAUUUCAGGAGCAGACGGUCACCCAGAAAAUGACUGAAAAUCGAAGAGCAGAAACAUUUUCCGGUUUAGCAGACAAUUCUCAAAACCUGGUCAUAUACCUUCACAAAGUGAUAACGAUGGCAGUGGGCAUCAGUGUCAGUCAAACUUGAUAACUCCUCCCCCCUAUCCACAGACUCCUCCCAUAUAUCCAUUAACUCCGCCCCCACCCUGCACGCCACAAGCGAUAGAUCCAUUUUCAGUGCUAGCUACGAGAGACAUUCAUUUGCAAUCAGAAAAUCGAAUAAACUUGUCUUCAGUUAGUGGACCAACCUUGCCCAGUGAAAAUGUGAACGUACCAAGGCCUAUAGAGCCAGUGGACCAGUCGUCAAUGUUUGCCAGUAAUGUGCUUUCAUCGGGUUGUAAUCAAUAUGUGCAGGAGGAUAGUGCUAAGAAAGAUGUUUUGCCUUAUUCAGAUGUGCCUAGUUUUGCCUUCGUAGGAAAUAGAGUGGACAUCUGAAUCUAUGAAUUAUUGAAGUUAUAAUUGUGUUUAUGGGAACAUAUAUUUGUGUAAGUUUGUCAACUUUACCUAGUCAGUGUCAUUACUUGUUAUCCUUUAUUUACAGAAUCUCAUGAACAUACUUGGCUUGGUCAUAAUUUUGUUUAAUCUGUGUAUGAAAACAUAAUUGACAAUCUGAUUUAAGUCUUCAUUUCAACACAGGUCACAUUUGAUAAUAAAUCAAGAUCAGUGUCGUUGACAUACCUAUUUUAUGUAUGGGAUUUAUGUAAGGAAGUGGGAAACUGAAAGUUAUCAUAACUAACAUGUAUAUAAGUUAAAUCUUGUAUGUUCAUAAACUGUUUAAGCUCUACUAUUCAUUAAACAAUUUGAGCUUUU